CUCUCUCCUGUGAAAGAGACCCCAUCAGCGGAUUCAACACCGUAGAGCUCUGAGACAAGUUUAGCACGUCGACUCUAGAGAACCGAGGCCUUUUGAAGACCCUUACAUCCUAAGCAGAAUCUGUCACUCCUCUCUUCGUACGCCAACCUUUUGCUGAAGUCAUUACCCACCACUUGGGUCCUACUUCUUGUAUUUUUGUUUGUAUUUUGAGUCUUCUUCCGACCCUGACGAGAUGGAUUCAGACGCCGGCUCCACCUCCAGCCGCUCCUCGUCCCCAGACCUGAUCGUGGACGAUUCCGUCGGGAGCUUCUUUUCCAACAAGAUGUUCCAGCAGUACUGCCAGGAGCAGCGGGCCGACCGGGAGUCGGGCCCGGCCGGCAGGAAGGACCGCUGCUCGGAGGGCGACCAGCACCAGAACGGCUCCGAGGGAGACAAGGAGGAGACGCAGGACCUCCGGCUGAAGGUGAACAGCCGGGAGCGGAAGAGGAUGCACGACCUGAACCAGGCCAUGGACGGCCUGAGAGAAGUCAUGCCCUACGCCCAGGGCCCCUCCGUCCGCAAGCUGUCCAAGAUCUCCACCCUGCUGCUGGCCCGCAACUACAUCCUCAUGCUGUCCGGCUCCCUGGACGAGAUGAAGAAGCUGGUGGGGGACGUGUACGGCGCCCAGAGCCGCCCCUCGGCCCACCCCAGGAUCAGCGCCCCGCCGCCCUCCCUCUCCCUGCCGCUGCACCCUCUGGCCCAGUCCCUGCACUCCCUGGUGGGCAGCGCCCCGCCGGCUCCCCCGCCCCCGGCCCCGGCGCCCCACUCGCCCCCCACGGCCAGCUUCCUGGGGUUCCACGCCCCGGUGCAGGGGCUCCUGAAGGACUCGCUGCACCUGAGCAGCUGCUACAGGCACUUCCCCGGGAUGCCCUGCCCCUGCCCACUGUGCCAGCCCAUGCCCAACCCGUCCUCGUCCUUGCACAGCCUGGCCAUGAUCAAGUGAGCAGGAGUUGCGACAGACUGAACUUUAUGGCUGCUCGCAGGAGGUUGUGACCUGGACUGAUGUAAUCCUGGCAGGGGCCAGAGCUUGUGAAUAUUGUACAUAUCCGUUGUUGUUAUGGAGACUGCUGCUAUUUUUAUACAUGAUCUCUUUGCUAUGUUAAAUUGAGACGCUCAAAAUGCACUAGGAAUGUGUCGGAUUGGCAAAAGAUUGUUGCCUAUAUUUUAUCUGAUUCAUGUGAGCUAAAGAAAUGUUAACAAAAAGGUUGUG